AUGAGAACCAGUGGUAUGCCUCUCAGUCUGGACUGCAAGGCAUUUUUUGGCUACAGUGGAGAAAACAGAAAGCCCAUCAUCUACUGGAUGAAAGGAGAAAAAUUUGUUGAAGAACUUGCAGGGCAUAUUAAGGAAACUGAAAUGAAGGUGGUGAGGGAGCAUUUAGGAGAGAAGGAAGUGCAGCUGUCCCUAACAUUUGAUGCCGUGGAGGACGGAGAUUUGGCCAACUAUACCUGUUACGUGGAGAACCACAUAGGGAGGCGCAGCGGUAGCGCUAUACUGCAAAAGAAAGAUAUGUACCGUCUGGAGUUAGCUGGAGGCCUCGGGGUCAUAUUGCUGCUGCUGGGAGUCCUAACCGCACUUUAUAAAUGUUACAACCUGGAGAUCAUGCUCUGCUACAGGAGACACUUUGGGAGUGAUGAAACUGAAGAUGAUAAUAAGGAGUAUGAUGCCUAUCUGUCCUAUACUAAAGUGGACCUCGACUCAUUGGGCAGGACGAGCAGCGACGAGGAAACAUUUGCUUUGGAGAUCUUGCCGGAUGUUUUGGAGAAACAUUAUGGAUACAAGCUGUUUAUACCAGACAGAGAUUUAAUACCCAGCAGUACCUACAUUGAGGACUUGGCUCGUAGCGUGGAGCAGAGCAGACGUCUGAUCAUCGUUUUAACGCCAGAGUUUGGCCAAAAAGGCUGGAGCAUCUUCCAGAUAGAGACACGCCUCCACUCCAUGCUUGUUACUGGGGAGAUCAAGGUGAUCAUGAUAGAGUGUGCAGACCUGAAGAAUGUCAUCAACUACCAAGGUGAGGCACUUAAACAUACCAUCAAGGUUUUAUCCAUCAUCAAGUGGAGGGGUCCUAAGAGCAAUGAGCUGUCAUCUAAGUUUUGGAAACAGGUGGUCUACGAUAUGCCCGCUAAACGCAGAGAGACACUGUCCAGACGUCAGGUAAUGGAUUCUGGUGAACAGGGCCUCUUUGGUGACCUACAGACCACAGUCUCCACUAUUGCCAUGACAACCACUUCUGCCUCCCUGGUGCCCCUAAUGAGAGUCGGCAUGGACACCAUCAG